GGUGCUAUCUCGCCGCCGCCCAUGGCAAGAUAAGACUGGCUGACUAGUUCCGUCCUGAGAUCGAGACCGCCACGUUUCCCCUCGUGCACCUUCGCCUCUCCUCCCCCAAACUCCUCAGCCAUCGGCCGUCACAAUUACAACCCCAACCGACAGGAAGCGCCCGGCAGGAAUCUCUCCUGGCACGGAACAUGGCGCCGAAUUGCCUCAUGUGGGUUGCUGGUAGAGACCAGCCAGGCGAGGCAAUGCUCAUGCCGGUGGAGGACCCCGCGACGGGGGAGGUCUUUGCCCACUGUCAUGCUGCCUCCACCUCCGACGUGGAGCGCACCGUCGCCCUGGCCCACGCCGCCUUCAGCUCGGGCACCUGGGCCAGAUCGUCCCGUCACCACCGCGCCGAUGUUUUGGAGAAGUGUGCAGGCCUCCUUGCCGAGGCCCUGCCCGCGCUUAUCGCGGUUGAGGUGCGGCAGACGGGCCGCGCGAUUCGCGAAAUGAACGCCCAGGUGCCUUCGUUAGUGCGUUGGUUCAAGUAUUACGCCUCACUUCUGCGCGUCGAGGAACGGCCCGUGCUUCCGACGAGCGGGAAGCUGCAUAACUUUACCGAGCGUCUUCCCCUCGGCGUGGUGGUCCAGAUCACGCCCUUCAACCAUCCGCUCCUCAUCGCCGUCAAGAAACUCGCGCCUGCACUGGCCGCCGGAAACAGUGUUAUUGUUAAGCCUAGCGAGUUGACGCCGUUGUCGACAUUGCUAUUGGGUCCCAUCCUCAAGGAGGCAGGCAUUCCCGAUGGCGUAUUUAACGUGUUGCCUGGGCACGGCGUGGUUGUGGGCGAAGCGCUUGCGAAGCAUCCGCUGGUGAGGAAAGUAGACAUCACCGGAGGGAGUGCUGCUGGUAGGGCCGUGGGGAGGAUCGUCGGAGGAAACCUCGCGAGGUACACGGCCGAACUCGGGGGCAAAGCGCCUUUGAUCGUGUUUGACAAGGCGGACCUACAGCUCGCCGUCAACGGGAUCGUGUUUGGGAGUUUUAUUGCCAGCGGGCAGACCUGCAUCGCGAGUACGAGAAUUCUUGUCGAUAAUACCAUCUUGCCGCAGCUGUUGGACAAGCUAGUAUCCAAGACAGAGUCGAUUACGCGUCGCAUGGGUUCCCCCGGGAAUUCGGGAUCGAUGAUGGGGCCGUUGAUCUCAGCGAAGCAACUGGACGGCGUUGAGGCAUUAGUUGCCGAAGCGAUAGAGGGUGGGAAAGCCAAGGCGGUCACCGGAGGGCGCAGGAUGCUCGGUACCAGCGCCCUGGACGGGACGGAUUUCUCCCAGGGAUACUUCUAUCCGCCUACCGUCCUUGUUUCGGGGAAGGGGAGCAGCAUUCUCAACACGCGUAUCUGGCGCGAGGAGGCGUUCGGGCCAGUCAUCGUGGUCGUGGGUUUCGACACCGAAGAGCAGGCUGUCGGUCUGGCCAACGACAGCGAGUACGGCCUCGGGGCGGGGAUAUGGACUCAAGACUUGGCACAGGCUUUCCGUGUCUCGGAGCAGAUUCAUUCCGGCAUCAUCUGGGUGAAUACCCAUCAUCGUAACGAUCCUAGUAGCCCGUGGGGGGGCUCGAAGCCGUCGAGCGGUGUCGGGAGUGAAAAUGGCAUGGAUGCCUACCAUGCAUAUACGACGAUAAAGAGCACGAUCAUCAACUACGCAUCUACCGAGGAAUCUCUUGCCGCCGACGAUUGGUUCCGCGAAGGGGGAACCGCAGUGCGAUAUGGCUAAAGGUCAUACACAGGACGAUAGCACAGUCCCAAAUGCCAAACGCAGAAUUGUGCUACUGUUCUCUGAGCCUCUCUCCCUCUGCGUAAAUCAUUUCAAACGGUUCCUAGGUAUAGGUAGGCAUGCACAUUGGUAUCCUAGCUGACUAGGCGCUUUUUCGCACACCUAGCUUCGUGCCUAGGCCUCGAGAAAGAGACAACUAGGUGUGAUAUCUGAAUAGGCAAUACAGCUGAGCGUUGCUUUUCUGCAAGUUAGAGCACGUGCCUAGGCGCCCUGAGAUGAAGCGACUUGAAGGGACCGGCGAUUCUGGACAUCAGUUUGGACGGCCGUUUGGUAUAAAUAAUAUUCUCUUUGUAUAGGGGCAUGUGGCGGCGCGGCUAACUCAAGGGGUACCUGCGACCGCGUCGGUUUAAUGGAAGCUGUUAGAAACUUUUAUUUAAAUGAAUUAAACUCCCUACUUUAUAUUAA